AUGUCUGCUAAUGAUAAAUAUGCCACUCCAUUAUCUUCAAGAUAUGCAUCUGAAGAAAUGUCUAAGAUCUUCUCUCUUAGAAAUCGUUAUUCCACUUGGAGAAAGCUUUGGUUAAACUUGGCUAUCGCUGAAAAGGAAGUUGGUUUAAGCAUCAUCACUGAUGAAGCCAUUGAGCAAAUGAAGGCUAAUUUGGAAAUCUCAGAUGAACAAAUUGACGCUGCUACCAAGGAAGAAGCCAUUGUUAGACACGAUGUCAUGGCUCAUGUCCAUGUCUUUGGUGACCUUUGUCCAGAAGCCUCUGGUAUUAUUCACUUGGGUGCUACCUCUUGUUUUGUCACUGAUAAUGCCGAUUUGAUUUUCUUGAGAGAUGCCUACGACGUCUUGAUUCCAAAGUUGGUCAAUGUUAUUGACAGAUUAUCUAAAUUUGCUUUGGAAUACAAAGACUUACCUGUUUUGGGCUGGACCCAUUUCCAACCUGCUCAAUUGACCACCGUUGGUAAGAGAGCUACAUUAUGGAUUCAAGAAUUGCUCUGGGAUUUAAGAAACAUGGUUAGAGCCAGAAACGAUAUUGGUUUGAGAGGUGUCAAGGGUACCACUGGUACUCAAGCUUCAUUCUUAUCCUUAUUCCACGGUGACCAUGACAAGGUUGAAGCCCUUGAUGCUAGAGUUGUUGAAUUGCUCGGAUUCGAACACGUUUACCCAGUCACUGGUCAAACUUACUCUAGAAAGAUUGACAUUGAUGUUCUUUCCCCAUUGGCUUCCUUAGGUGCCACUGCCCACAAGUUUGCUACCGAUAUCAGAUUAUUGGCCAACUUGAAGGAAAUUGAAGAACCAUUUGAAAAAUCCCAAAUCGGUUCAUCUGCUAUGGCCUACAAGAGAAACCCAAUGAGAUGUGAAAGAGUCUGUUCUCUUGCUAGACACUUGGGAGGCUUAUUCAAUGAUGCUGUUCAAACUGCUUCUGUGCAAUGGUUUGAAAGAACCUUGGAUGACUCUGCCAUCAGAAGAAUCACUUUACCAUCUGCUUUCUUGACCGCUGACAUUGUUUUAUCUACUUUACAAAACAUUACCAGUGGACUUGUUGUCUACCCAAAGGUUAUUGAAAGAAGAAUCAUGGCCGAAUUACCAUUCAUGGCUACUGAAAACAUCAUCAUGGCCAUGGUUGAAAAGGGUGGUUCAAGACAAGACUGUCACGAAGAAAUCAGAGUAUUAUCGCACCAAGCAUCUGCAGUUGUCAAACAAGAAGGUGGUGAUAAUGACUUGAUCCAAAGAGUUAAGAACACCAAGUAUUUCGAACCAAUCUGGAAUGACUUGGAAGGUUUGUUAGAUCCAUCUACUUUUGUUGGUAGAGCUCCACAACAGACUGAAAAAUUCGUUAACGUUGACGUCAAGAAGGCAUUAGAGCCAUUCAAGCAAUUCAUUAACGAUGAAAAGGUUUCAUUAAAUGUUUAA